AUGGAUGGGAGCGCUCACUCCAGCCCUCCACGCCACCUCAACACGACACGCCACCACCACCACCCUCUAGGGCCGCUGGACGACCCCCGAAGCCACCAACCUCCACUACCUACCGAAUAUGGGCAGGCGACCCAAGAUCCGCAACCACCUCAACACGACGCACCACCACCACCCUCUAGGUCCGCUGGACGAACCCCCGACGCCACCAACCUCCACCACCGACCGGAUUUGGGCAGGAGACCCCAGAUCCACCGCCACCUCAACAUGACGCACCACCACCAUCCUCCAGGGCGGCUGGACGAACCACCGCCGCCCCCAACCCCCACCACCGACCGGAUCAGGGCAGGAGACCCCAGAUCUGCCGCCACCUCAACACGACGCACCACUACCACCCUCCAGGGCUUCUGGACGAACCCCCGACGCCACCAACCUCCACCACCGACCGGAUCUGGGCAGGAGACACCAGACCCAUCGCCACCUCAACACGACGCACCACCACCACUCUCCAGGGCUGCUGGACGAACCCCCGUCACCACCAACCUCCACCACCGACCGGAUCUGGGCAGGAGACCCCAGAUCCGCCGCCAGCUCAACACGACGCACCACCAUCACCCUCCAAGGCCGCUGGACGAACCCCCGACGCCACCUACCUCCACCACCGACCGGAUCUGGGCAGGAGACCCCAGAUCCGUCGCCACCUCAACACGACACACCACCACCACUCUCCAGGGCUGCUGGACAAACCCCCGCCGCCACCAACCUCCACCACCGACCGGAUUUGGGCAGGAAACCCCAGAUCUGCCGCCACCUCAACACGACGCACCACCACCACCCUCCAGGAGAAUUCUGUCAAUCACCUCAACACGACGCACCACCACCACCACUCUCCAGGGCUGCUGGACGAACCCCCGUCGCCACCAACCUCCACCACCGAGCGGAUCUGGGCAGGAGACCCCAGAUCCGUCGCCACCUCAACACGACGCACCACCACCACCCUCCAGGGCCGCUGAACGAACCCCCGACGCCACCAACCUCCACCAACGACCGGAUCUGGGCAGGAGACUCCAGAUCCGUCGCCACCUCAACACGACGCACCACCACCACUCUCUAGGGCUGUUGGACGAACCCCCGUCGCCACCAACCUCCACUACCGACCGGAUCUGGGCAGGAGACCCCAGAUCCGUCGCCACCUCAACACGACGCACCACCACCACUCUCCAGGGCUGCUGGACGAUCCCCCGUCGCCACCAACCUCCACCACCGAGCGGAUCUGGGCAGGAGACCCCAGAUCCGUCACCACCACAACACGACGCACCACCACCACCCUCGAGGGCCGCUGGGCGAACCCCCGACGCCACCAACCCCCACCCCCGACCGGAUCUGGGCAGGAGACCCCAGAUCGGUGGCCACCUCAACACGACGCACCACCACCACCCUCCAGGGCCGCUGGACGAACCCCCGACGCCACCAACCUCCACCACCAACCGGAUUUGGGCAGGAGACCUCAGAUCCGUCGCCACCUCAACACGACGUACCACCACCACUCUCCAGGGCUGCUGGACAAACCCCCGCCACCACCAACUUCCACCACCGACCGGAUUUGGGCAGGAGACCCAGAUCCGCCGCCACCUCAACACGACGCACCACCCUCCAGGGCCGCUGGACGAACCCCCGACGCCACCAACCUUCACCACCGACCGGAUCUGGGCAGGAGACCCCAGAUCCGCCGCCACCAUGCCCUAG